UAAUGUAUAUAUGUAUUACACCUACAAUCCUUUCAACGAAAACACUUCGGGCACAGAACUAUAUACUGUUUUUCUGUUAGCAGUUAAAAACUCUCGGGUUAGAGCUAAGGUUACAUACAGUGGUCCUCCCGUCGUGCCAGUAGAACUUUCAUUCGGCGAAAACAAUAGAGCGAUUCAAGCACGUGCCCAGCAAAGUGGCACUGGGCAUAGCAGAGAUGCAGGCGAUGGACCAGCUGCGUCGUAGUAUGAAAAUAAAGGUCGACGCCCCCAACUCCACAAAUCUCCCUCGGAAAGGUGCAAGAGAGAGCGGCGCCAAUACUUACGCGGGCCCUGAUCAGGACGAAGCACUUGAGGACCAGCAGCAUCGCUGUGCGAUCAAUAAGAUCUGUCAGCACAGCUCCAUGCUGGAGUUCAUGACGCCUAGAGAGCGCGGUCACGACUUCUGGCUGGGCGAGGUGCAUAGCCUUGACGAGUCACUGGCUGGCAGUUACGAGCGUUUACUCGUCGAGAAUGACCGACUGCUCAACGAGAAUUUGGCCUUGAGGAACGACAAGGUGCGUCUGGUAGCCGAUAAAAUGAGUGCGCAUGAAUACAUCAACUAUCUGCAGGCCAAGCUGCGCGAAAAUACUAUAGCAAUCAUUCAGAUAAAACGCAGUUUGGCCACCCUUCGCCAAAACAUGGACACCAGCAAGCGCCACGCGAGCGACACUCCAAAGCCAGCAAAAGUCCCAAAGGCCACCCAGCUCUGAUGGAGGCUCAUUGGUGACUGCAACAUUUUCGUCUUACUUUCGUUUUAUUUAUUGUGUCAAAAUUGUUUAUUUUAUGUUAAAGGUAUAAUAAAAGGAAGGAAGGAAGGAAGUAUCUCCGACCAUAUCUAGAGUGCAUACAUAUGUAUAUGACGUACAUACAGUAUAUAUUCUUGAUCGGGAUCGAUGUCCAUCUGUAUCUGUCUGGCCGAAUAUUUCUGUACAGUUGUAAGAGAAACUAUACAAAUGAAAUUCACUGUAGUAGCAUAAAGCAUGACAGCUUUGCAUAGCCUGUCACUUUGCCUGAAAGAUUAACAGGUCUCAUUGACAACAUUUUUCACUUACAAAGAACUUGACAUAUUGUUUACUGAUAUCGUUGAAAUCAACGUCAAUUAUUUAAUCAGAUGCAAAUGAUGAUGACCAAAUGCGACAGCCUUUUCGCAACGCCUCCAUAUACAUAAUACUCCUUCUGGUCAUUGAGGCGGUCAUCGGAGUGCUUCUAAUCACCGUAACGGCCUAUUACCACUUAGCCCUCACUGGCUAUCUGUCAGAGAUUGAGUGCCGCAUGGUCCACGGCUAUCUGCUGAAUAUCUAUAUAUUUGGGGCACAGUUGAUUCUGACGUUCCUGUGCAGCCUAUCCAUGUGGAGGCGCUUGUGGAAGCGGCGUUCUACUCCCAACAUUCAAUUACUUCUGUCAAUUUGGCUAUUCUACUCCUGCAUCAUUGUCGGCUCCGGCUUGGCUACUGUUUGGAACGUGUACCGCAGCGCGGAAGUGUUCGAGAAUGGAGCCGAAACGUCUCUGAUCCGUGGCAUCGACAUGUACUACUCGUGUCCGGAGUGGAAGCUGCUGUGGGAUGGUCUGCAACUGCGUAAGGAGUGCUGUGGCGUCCACAGCUACAAGGAUUGGAUGAAUGCCGACUGGAUGCCCCAGCUGGAGGGUAACGAUUCCUGUUCGACAGCAGGUGGUACCACCGCGAUCCUGGCUCCCUACACAUGCUGCAAGCGAGGCAGCCAGAGCAUCACGAGCCAAGAUACUCUCGUCGGUGAACAGCAGGGCAAUAGCAGGCAACCGUUUCCUUCCUUCACGCUCAAUUCCAUCCACACCAACGGCUGCCUGCCCGUGUUUACCAAAGCGCUCUGGCGGUUCUUGUACAUAAUGCUGGGACUGGGUCUGCUGUCCCUAAAAUUUCUGGUCAUGCUCUGCUUUCUGACCAAAUUCAUACUGCAGCGCCAGAACGAGAGCGAUGGAUGCGACAACGUGGCUCUCACAGAUGAUGACGGGUAUCCUCUGGUCGUUGUGAAAUACCCCUCCAAUGUGCGUUGCCUGGUGAUUGGUGAGGACGAUCUGGCUUCCGAUGUGGCGCCCGAUGUCCACUUUUGCCAUUGCGAUGACCUAACGGAGGAUGAUUGUGAACAUUAAGUUAUUUAUUUAGUUUGGUUCUUAUAUUUAAU